CAGGACUGGCUGUUGCGGCACCCAGCCCCGCGGCAUGCAAGGAUACCGCUAUCCCGCAACAGGCAAGCCUCUUGAGGCUGGCAGCUCUUCUCUGUAGCGCCUUCACUGGAGGACUUGGGCCCAUCCACCCAGUCUCGCUCACUUGCAGACUUGAACGGAUGUCGGCUCCCAAUGGUUCAGUUGCCGCGUCUCCCGCCAAGCCUCUUGCUUCCUGGGCCGCUGCUCGAGUCAUCAAAGCGGGCAAGGAGAAGAGGCUCCUGCGUCAUCGCCGCCGUGUUGCUGGUGCUGUUGGGAGUGCUGCUGGAAGUAACAACGCUGUGGGUGCCCACCGCAUGGACACGGACGACAGCGACGGCGGCGGCGACGCCUCCGCUGACCACGUGUGUGCCAUGAUUGCCGAGGCCAUCAGAAGGGGAUAUUGAGAAGUAUUAGGAACAGCUCGGCAGCACCAUCAGCGCCACGGUCUCCGAGACGGUCAAGGCGGAAGCCGCCACGCUGUCGGAGUCUUUCGACGCCCAUCGGGCUGCGUGCCUCGAGAAGUACAAGGAGGACCUGGACAACCUGCCCAAAAAGUUGGAUUCACUAAGUGUUUCUGCAAGUGCCCCCCGCUUCGACGAGGUACGACGCGAAGCCAAUACCCGAUGCGACGAGCUCAAAGUGGAGAUCCAGCGUGGCGUCGACACCCCAGUGGGGCAACAAGUCGGGCUGCUGCGCGAGAUGCAGACGCAGAUCAAGCAACUCCAGGAUGCGCUGGCAGUUGCCAACUCGUCCACCCCUGCGCCUAAGCCGCUCGCUGGUGCUGUGGUCUUCGAGCGCGAUACGGAUGAAACGUUUAUCCAAGUGUUUGCUGACAAGCUCGUGGCAAAGCCGUGUGUUGUCGAGGUGCUCGCACUCUUUGGAUUGAAGAAGCAAGCGUUGGCAGUGACCAUUGGGCGCUCAAUGCACCAGAUCCACCAUCAAAGAGUUCCACCAUCAAGAUCAAGGGCGCUGUGCGACCCGCCUCUAGUCGUGCACAGAAGCUGCUCGCUUCGCUGCGCGUGGGUAAUACAUCCCGCGAGUUCACUGCUGGUGCACAUGCAGGAGGGCAGGACAGGAACGCGAAGCAUAUCAAUACUUAGGUCAUCGGAAGUUGCGGGCCACAUUCUCCGAGCUGUACGAUAACAGCCAGAAGACCUUCUUCGACAGGGACCGUGGCUGGCUCUCGCUUGGGUGGGACGCUCUCUGCAAGAUCGAGUGCUACCCUGGGCGCGAAGCGACCAGAGUGCCGUGGAACUCUGGCACCAUCAACAAGCACGCGGUCGACAAGGCCACGCUUAUGGGCGCGACCAACGAAAUAAUCGAACCUGAUCAUGAGCCUGAGUGAUGCCUUUCGCCGUUUUUUCUGCUCCGAUCGGCUUCUCGCCUAUUUGAUCCCUGUGCGCUGCAUCUGCGGCUGGAGGCCUUUGAUUCGUCCCGUGAGACUCGCGAGGUUAACGCUUCGAGUAUCCCCACCAGCCCAGUCACAAACGAUGCCCC